UUAUUUCUCCACCGCCACUUACACAUAAACUGUCAAACCAAAAGCAUAAAACCUUUCCGCCAUGAUUAUCUCAUCCAUAUGGGCUAUGAACAACUUUACGCCACGUUCCCACGCAGAAACCUCGGACGCCGCCGCAAAAAGAACCCGCUCCGAUUGGGGUUUCCGCGUCUCCACCGUCGUCUCCUCCUGCUCCGUCACCGGAGCUGUCUCCGACGCUCUAGGUGUCCUAGAGUUUGACCCAUCUGAUGAGUUCUUGGCCACCGGCGGGAUCGCCCGGAAAAUCAGAAUCUACAGCGUCAACACAUUGCUUCCCGGAAAAGGUGGAACGGAUCCGGAUGGAUCCGUUCUGCUCGACCAUGGAAGCUCCUGCGACUACUACAUCUGCACGCCGGCGAAGCUGAGCAGCCUCAAGUGGAAACCCGGGUGGAGCAGCCGGGUCAUCGGGUCGGGCGACUACGACGGCGUCGUGACGGAGUACGACCUCGAGAGACGGGUGCCCGUGUUCGAGCGAGACGAGCACGGCGGUAGACGGGUGUGGAGCCUGGACUACUCGUACUCCGACCCGGUUGUUGGUGCAUCCGGGUCGGACGACGGGACGAUGCAGACGUGGGACCCGCGCUGUCACAGCGGAGAAUGCAUCUCCGCUGUGCAGCCCAGCAAAACCGGGAGCCCAGUCUGCUGCGUCCAGUUCAGCCAGUUCACCCCCUCCAUCGCCGCGGGUUGCGCCGACCGGAAAACUUACGCCUACGACGUCCGAAAAAUGGGCGACCCGCUUUUCGUCCUGGACGGGCACCAAAAGGCGGUCACGUACGUCCGAUUCCUCGACGAUCGGACGGUACUGACGUCGAGCGUCGACGGGUGCAUCAAAAUGUGGGACACACAGAACCAGACCCUCGUCAGAACAUACCAAGGACACGUUAACAGCACGAGAUUUGUCGGGUUAUCGGUGCGGCGGAGCGGCGGGUUGAUCAGCUGCGGGUCGGAGGAUAACCAAGUCUUUGUGUAUGAUAUGAGGUGGGGCGAGCCGAUAUGGGUAUACGGGUUCAAACCCAUGGGUCCUCCCGGAGCGGAAAAUGGGUUUGUUAGCAGCGUCUGCUGGAUGCAGAGGGGAGGGGAUGAAUGCACGCUUGUUGCCGGAGGUUCGGACGGAGUAUUGAGAGUUUUCGCCGGCCGGAAAAGGUUUUAUAAUUAAUUGAUUUUUAAUUAAUUAAUUAAUGAUAUACUCCGUAUAUAUGAGAGUAACAGCUAUAUUUAAUUUGUACACAAGGACUACAAAGGAUUUGUACAUGGUUAAAUUACACCAUUUAUUUACACGUAAUUGUGUGUAGUUUUUAUGUGCAAGUACACAGUAGUUUUAUUUUUUCAUUACUAAAAUUAAGCCGACUUUAGUUAAUUUUGUGUUUUCUAAUUGUGUUUGUAAUUAUUCUUUCAAAAAAAUAACAUGUUUAA